AUGACAUCAGGCUGUCGCGCUGUUGCGUAGUCAGGCAACAUGGCUGCGUCCGUGAGGCUGCUGGUGCGGAGGGUGAUCCGCUUUUCUCGUAGAAAUGUCACCGUUACCGCCGCCGGUGGUUCAGCUCGGUCAGGUUGCUGCUGGGGACCGUCGACCUGUCGCUGUUUCAGCGAUGCAGCCGCAGACAGAAGCACACAUUUCGGCUUUGAAACGGUGCCGGAGGCGGAGAAGGCGAAGAGGGUCUAUAAGGUGUUUGAGAAUGUGGCCCAGAAGUAUGAUACUAUGAACGACGCCAUGAGUCUGGGGAUCCAUCGACUGUGGAAGGACAUGCUGCUGCACGUCAUGCACCCGCAGCCCGGAGCGCAACUCCUGGACGUGGCGGGCGGAACAGGUGACAUUUCCUUCCGUUUCCUGGAGUAUAUUCGCUCUCAGCAGGAGCGGCAGAUGCGGCGGGCGGCGCGCUCCAUGCAGACGCCGUCGUGGCAGGACAUUUCCAACAACUACUCCACAGAGGACGAGGACGGGCCCAAGGAAUCCAGAGCUGUGGUCUGUGACAUCAACAAGGAGAUGCUGAAAGUGGGCAAGCAGAAAGCGGACAGCAUGGGCGUCAGUGCUGGUCUGUCCUGGGUGGUCGGGGACGCAGAGGAGCUGCCCUUUGAUGAUGACCAGUUUGACAUUUAUACCAUCGCCUUUGGCAUUCGAAAUGUCACUCAUAUAGAUCAGGCUCUGCAGGAGGCUCUGCGGGUCCUGAAGCCUGGUGGAAGAUUCAUGUGCUUAGAGUUCAGCAAAGUGACAAAUCCUGUUUUGGCAAGACUUUAUGACGCAUACAGUUUCCAGAUGAUCCCAGUGUUGGGAGAGGUAAUUGCUGGAGACUGGAAGUCAUACCAGUAUCUGGUAGAAAGCAUCCGCAAGUUCCCAGACCAGGUGAGGAAAAAAAUAUUCU